GACGAGCCGCGGCGCCAUGUUGAGGGAGACGGAAGUGAGAGAGUGCGGUGGGGAGCCGGCAGCAGGAGAGCGCAGAGGAAAAGAGGCGGCGGCGAAGGAGGAGCAGCCAGCGGCCGGGGCUCAGCGGCUCUUUCAUCGCGAUGACCGCUACGUGUUAGUGUCCGCAAAGUGCUGUCCCCGGCGUAGCGCUCCGCACUUUGUCGGCUGUUCACCCCCCCUCCCCGGAGCAGCGCCCGUCCGGAGCCGAACUGAGGAGGAGCGGCGCAGCGGAGAAGAUGCCUCUGCCACAGCUGGCCGACCCGUGGCAGAAGAUGGCAGUGCGGGACGCGGGGGCGGAGGACCCCCCCCACGCUGCAGAUGAUUCCGCCGGGGAUGAAGAUGGCAUAUGUGAGGAUGAAGGCUCGGUGAAGGAGAUCAGCAUUACCCAGCAUGUGAAAGAGGGCUUCGAGCGGGCUGACCCACGACAGUUUGAACUCCGCAAAGUCCUGGGACAGGGCUCCUUCGGGAAGGUAUUCCUGGUGAAGAAGGUGACAGGACCAGAUGCAGGCCAGCUGUAUGCCAUGAAAGUGCUGAAAAAGGCCACCCUGAAAGUGCGAGACCGAGUGCGAACUAAAAUGGAGCGGGAUAUCCUGGUAGAAGUAAAUCACCCCUUCAUCGUCAAACUGCACUACGCAUUCCAGACAGAGGGGAAACUCUACCUGAUCUUGGACUUCCUUCGAGGUGGAGACCUCUUCACCCGUCUGUCCAAAGAGGUGAUGUUCACUGAAGAGGAUGUGAAGUUCUACCUGGCUGAACUGGCUCUGGCUCUGGACCACCUGCACAGUUUGGGCAUCAUCUACAGGGACCUGAAACCUGAGAACGUUUUGCUGGAUGAAGACGGCCACAUUAAGCUGACAGCAGAUUUUGGACUGAGCAAGGAGUCCAUAGACCAUGAGAACAAGGCGUACUCCUUCUGUGGGACAGUGGAGUACAUGGCCCCCGAGGUGGUGAACCGCAGAGGCCACACCCACAGUGCCGACUGGUGGUCCUACGGCGUGCUCAUGUUUGAGAUGCUCACUGGGACCCUGCCUUUCCAAGGGAAGGACCGCAAGGAGACUAUGACCAUGAUCCUCAAAGCCAAGCUGGGGAUGCCACAGUUCCUGAGCUUGGAGGCACAGAGUCUGCUGAGAAAUCUUUUCAAACGCAACCCAGCCAACAGACUAGGAGCUGGUCCAGAUGGAGUUGAGGAGAUCAAGAGGCACCCAUUCUACUCCAGUAUAGACUGGAAUAAAUUAUUCAGGAGAGAGAUCUACCCCCCAUUCAAACCUGUGACAAGUAGACCGGAUGACACCUUCUACUUCGAUCCGGAGUUCACCACAAAAACUCCCAAAGACUCUCCAGGGGUGCCCCCCAGUGCCAACGCCCACCAGCUCUUCCGUGGGUUCAGCUUUGUGGCCAUGAGCCCUGAGGAGGAGAGUGAGCCACUGGCAGGUGUGGGCGUGCCCUCUGUCGUACAGCAGCUUCACAGGCCCACCGUGCAGUUUUCUGACGCGUACGACAUGAAAGAGGACAUCGGAGUGGGCUCAUACUCCAUCUGCAAGCGUUGCAUCCACAAGAGCUCAAACAUGGAGUUCGCUGUGAAGAUCAUCAACAAGGCCAAGAGGGACCCCACAGAGGAAGUGGAGAUCCUGCUGAGAUAUGGACAACACCCCAACAUCAUCACCCUGAAGGAUGUUUAUGAUGACGGCCGCUCCGUCUACCUGGUGACGGAGCUGUUGAAAGGAGGAGAACUGCUGGACAAGAUUCUCCGGCAGAAGUUUUUCUCUGAGCGUGAAGCCAGCGCCGUUCUCCACACCAUCACCAAAACUGUGGAGUACCUGCAUGCACAAGGGGUGGUCCACAGAGACCUGAAGCCCAGUAACAUCCUCUACGUGGAUGAGUCCGGGAAUCCUGAGUCCAUCCGCAUCUGUGACUUUGGCUUCGCCAAGCAGCUGCGUGCCGAGAACGGGCUGCUGAUGACCCCCUGCUACACCGCCAACUUUGUGGCUCCUGAGGUGCUGAAGAAGCAGGGUUAUGAUGCUGCCUGUGAUAUCUGGAGCCUGGGUGUGCUGCUCUACACCAUGCUGACUGGGUUCACACCUUUCGCAAAUGGCCCUGAUGAUACUCCAGAAGAAAUCCUAGCCCGGAUCGGCAGUGGGAAGUUCUCCUUAAGCGGGGGCUACUGGACCUCAGUCUCUGCAGAGGCCAAGGAUCUGGUGUGGAAGAUGCUGCAUGUGGACCCCCACCAGAGGCUGACGGCAGCCCAGGUCCUCAGACACCCCUGGAUUGUGCAGAAGGACCAGCUGCCCAAGUACCAGCUCAGGAGACAAGACGCCCCACACCUGGUCAAGGGAGCGAUGGCCGCGACAUACUCAGCUCUGAACAGAAACGUGCCUCCAGUGCUGGAGCCCGUAGGCUCCUCGACGAUCGCUCAGCGUCGGGGCAUCAAGAAACUGACCUCCACUGCCCUAUGAGCCCUGACCUCCACGCAGCACAGACGCCCAGCGUGACCCACCCGGCCACCCUGUAGCGACCCGAACACUGAACGAGUAGCAGAGCUUGGACCUGUAGUGUUACCAUCACACCUCCUGGCCAAGAGAACAGAUGGCCUUGUACAAUCAUUUCUGCAUCCAAGCAGGAGAAGCUAGGAAACAGAAAUUCUGCAUAAGUAUUUUUAUUUUGAAUAAUUAGAUACUUAAGCAUAAGAAAAUGAGCCGAAGUGGGUGAGAAUGACUCCUGUGUCUUGUAAAAGUCUAUUGGUCAUUACCGUGAGCAGAGAGCCUCCCAGCUGGGAUCCUCACAGAUACGUCUGUUUGGCCAUAGCCACAAGUCUGCCUCUAUGUAGUGUGGGAAAACGACAGAAGUGGCCAGGCCAUGACGGGUCCAGCAGCUCCCCGUUGUACACCCCACCCAGCCACCAGAGCUGGCACAAUCUCUUAUGAUUUAUUAUUUUUUUACACAUCUGUUCAAGGUUGCCUUAGGGCAUUUUAUUGGUAAAAAAAGAGGACCAUGUGACUGUGUCCUUUUGGACUCCUCUUGUUACCUUGCUCGCAGAGGGUGUCCCAGUCUUUUCUCUGUAGUCUUCACCUGUCUCCGCACCACAUGAAAAUAGCCUCGUUUAUGGCUGCUUCCCUGCAUCCGGAACUAACUUCUGGUCUCUGGGUUUUCUCAUUUUAACCGACUUCUCUCAUAUAUCGCUCUCCACAUCAGAUCAGUAGAUGUACAUCACGGCGUGCGGCCCUUCUGCACUAGGGGGUGUUCUGGACCUGUGCGCACCUCAGCCUUUUAUACCCGCUUCUUAGUUCUGGUGGCUGCAUCGAACAUUCUUUUGUUGUACUUAUAGCUCUGCAGAUCUCAGGUUUACACAGACACGAUGACAGUGACACCUGGUGGUAUAUAUGUACAAUGAGCUGGUGAUUCAGUGCCACACUGAUGGUCCAUGGAAGUCAAACUGUAUUAUUACUACUGAAUGACCGUUGAUUGAAAGUGAGAACUUUUAGCAAAAGCGGAAAUCCAUUAGUGGGAGAACCGCCUAUAUGGAUAUAGCUGUCUUUCAACACAAUGCAAAAAAAUACAAUAUCUGCAUUACAGAUGCAGUUAUAUAUGACAUACAAGGACAUUAAUAAAAAUGAAAUAAAAGUAUAUAUUUACGUA